UGCCGGGAACGUAUGACCACGUGUCUCCUCCUACCAAUUCAUUUGGAAGCAAAAAGCUCCAGGGCUAGUAAGGGAGUAAACUUGCAAGAUGGCGGCGCAGUGGGGCGCAGGCGAAGAGACUUUAACUGCCUGCAAUAUGGAUUUUUUCCCUCUGGACACACUAAGCGAGACUCCUGAGCUGUGCUCUGGAGGAACGCUGGAGGCCCUUCAAAGUUGCUUAGACCCCUCCAUACUUUCCAUCUUUGAUGACAACCCGUUAAUAGAGACGAAAGGACUAGACGACGACUGUGAAGCCACACUGUUAACCGCCCUGACGGAGAUCCUUGACAACGUGGACGACGAGAACCUGUCCCCUUUUGACACGCUGCCUGAGUCGGACCUGCUGUCGGGUCACAAGGGCAGGGACCACUCUCCGCUCAGGAGAUUGCUAUGUAUGCCCAGGUCUGCCUCAGAGAAAGACAUAUCUUUAAGCACAAGACCCUUGUCAGCUGGAAAGAACCUGUCUAGGAUACCAGCUGACUCACUACAGAGAAGCGACGGGGAGGAUGAAGAGGCUGGCGCUCUCACUCGGAGCCCAGUCAAGCACAGUUUACCUCCAGACUGGGAAGGUCUGACCCUCCCGUUUCCUGUCACCUUUGAGCAGGAGAGCGACGAGGGCCUUUCAGUCAGCUUGGGGGACUUGGUCAGACACAUGCACCCAUACAUGGCCAUUUGUGUGGAGGACGACAAGGGGGUGCAGAUGUUGCCGGAGGGAGGCAUCUUGCUUGAGGUGGUGGAUCAAGGGGAAAAUGGAGAGCCUAUCCUGGUUGUCCCAGACAUGGAUCUACCAGCUCUUCUCCCGCUGGAAGAGAAGUUUGCAGAGGUGGAAGAAGCAGCAUCUGACAGUUCAGAGCAUAUUGUCGUUGAUGAUGAUGACGACAUUGAUGUGCUAUGUAAGGCUCCAGUAAAUAUUCUAAGCACAUGUUCAAAUGAGAUGAUUAACAAACAGAAGGACGAGACCUUAGCGAGAGUUCCCUCCCAUAGGAAAAAGAAAAGGAAGAAACAUUGCCCUCCUGAACCUGUUGAGGGAAGGGUUCUUAGGAGUACCACUGAGAGAAAUCGAACACAAGAAUUGCCAAAAAAACUUGAAAAAAGACGACUCAAAGAAAAGAAACCCAAAACUGCAAAGGCUCCAGCUGCUCCUGUACCGCUUGCCUUAAAAUCUGAGAAAAGAAGUUGCCAAAGUGGAACCAACAACCCAGAAACAAGUGUGAAAGCUGCUAUGUUUGCGACACUCGGACAGGACACGCAUCCAACAAAAGCUGGUGUUCCUGAAAGUCCAGACACCUCCCAACAGCCUGAUGAAAUGUCCAAACAGGUGUCCCAAGCUCCCAAUGAGCUCUCCAGCCAACUCCAGUUGGUGUCUCCCAGCAGCCCGGCAGCUGCUCCCAACAGCACAGCAUCAACUGUCAGUGAGCCCCUCCCACCCGUGGCCCCUGCUCCUCCAGAGUCGAAGCCCAAGUCCCUCAGUUUGGCCGAGUACCGACUCCUCCGGCUGCAGAAGAAGCCGGUCGUGGUGGAAAGCCAAAGCAACAGCACCAAGUGGCCCAGCCUUCUGGAGCCCCCCAAAGAACUGCCCCCUAUCCCCUGUCUGCCUGACCCCUACCCCAGGGAUCCUCGCCAGCCCGCCUCCCAUGCUGCGAGGAGGGAUGUGGGCGAGAUCAAACCCGCCUGGCAGCCACGGGGACCGUGUGCCCCUCCCACCCCAGAGGCUCUUUUAGUGCCACCAGCCUACAUGGCGACAUCGGCCAACAAAUCCGCAACCGCAACUUCUAAGUGUGCAAUGCCCCAGAAACCUUCAGCUGGUACACCUGAUGUUGUCAACGCCCAGCCUCCGUCUUCCGAAUGCCAACCUGCGAAUCAGUCGCCUGACAGACAGCCUAAACUUCCUGAUGCGCAGUUUGCUAAAAUUUCUCCUCAAACCACUUCAAAGAUGGUCAACGCUGCUGUAGUUCCUGUCACCGGUCUCUCGGAGAAGACCGCCAUUUCCCAGAAUGUGCCUCAGGUCGUUCCUCAUAACACUGCUGCCUCUUCAAACAACCUCCCCACAUCUGCAAAGUCCCCCGCAAUAAAUGCCAAACACUGCCCUGCACCUUCCUUGGCCUUGCAUAGCCUUAAAUCACAAGCUAUCAUGCUUGAAGCGAAUCAGAAAGUGACCACACCAGUGGAACCACCUAAGGCAGCGAGCCCCACAAAGGAGUUGGUCGAGUCCUUUACCAGCGAGAUGGGUAUAGAAGCUGCUGAUCUGACCAGCCUGUUGGAACAGUUUGAGGAAACACAAGCCAAAGAGCAGCAAAGUGUACCGGAGGUCUGUGGUAGAGCAGCAGCUGUAGGAAACUCGAGUGCUGAAUUUGCACGAGAGAAAAUUGUCGUGGAGCGUGUCAGAGCCAAUGAUCUCUCAAACCCGGCAGCCCUGACUCCUCCAGCCACUCCUCCACACCAGAUGUGGAAGCCUCUGGCCCCCGUGGCCCUCCUGGGGAAGGCCAACGUUCCGCUCUCUUCCAAGACCAACCCCUCCAAGGCUAUCCAGAUAGAAGCACGCCCUUUACCGUUAGCCAGAUUCCACAACAAGCCCACCGCACCUGCUGCCGCCGUCUCCCACAGUGUGGCGUGCAUGGAUCACGACUACUGCCGUCCCAGCAAAGCUGCUUCUCCCGCUGGAGAGGCGGGCAAGCGCUGGAAUGUCAAGCAACAGGCAUUCAUCACAAUUAAACCCAUCAAGCACGCUGCCGCCGCGCCUACAGUGCCCCUGCAGUCCUCCUCCCAGUCCAACACCCAAGCACCAGAGGCUCUGCAUCACGCCAUGGAAGGGUCUUCUGUUCUGGAGACUCCAGAGGCCUCUCCAGUCCGGCAGGAGAAUGAAUCCACUUUUAAAGAAGGCGCUGCCAGGAAGGGGGCUUUUGAGAGGUCCUAUGGUUGUUACCCUUCCUCCCGCACCUCCAGCCCCCAGAAUAGGGGGAGGAAACGAAGAGCCCGGCGUUCUCCAUCUGUGUCCAGCAGCUUAGAGUCAGACUCCCAUUCAUCUCGCUCUCGGUCCAGAUCUCACUCUCCAUCCAAGAAAAGGUAUCGUCACCGCCGCUCUCGGAGCAGAUCCGGCUACUCGUCGCGUUCCUCCUCUCGGUCCUCUGUGUCCCGCUCACCACCCAGGAGGAGGAGGUACUCUUAUUCCUCCUCUCACUCUGGCUCUUGGAGUCGCUCCAGAUCGCGGUCGCAAUCGCCCCAAAGACGUGCACCGUGGAGGAGAAACAGAAGAUUGUGCAGUCCCUCAUAUCGAAGCACCUAUGGACACUGUGAAAAUCCAGAGGACGUACAGAGACGGAAGGAUAAAGCUAUUGAGGAGCGACGGGUUGUUUACGUUGGUCGAAUUCUGGGCACAAUGACCCAAAGGGAGCUCAAAGACCGUUUCUCUUACUUUGGCAAGGUGGAGGAUUGUACUCUGCACUUUAGGGACCGCGGGGAUAACUACGGGUUUGUGACUUACUACAACACCAAAGAUGCUUUCACCGCCAUCGAGAAUGGAAGCAAACUGCGCAAGCCUGAUGAGCAGCCGUUUGACCUCUGUUUUGGUGGGAGGAGACAGUUUUGCAAGACCAGCUAUUCUGAUCUGGAUUCCAACAGAGACUAUGACCCGGCAUCUACAAAAAGCAAGGUGAAGACACUAGAUUUCGACACUUUACUCAGGCAGGCCCAGCAGGGCCUGAAGAGGUAACAGAAGGCCCAUCUCCGGAAGCAGCCCAACACUUACCUCAAAAAGAAGCAAAACUUGUCUUAAGUUCUUUGUGGCAUCAGUUUCAUUUUUGUUUACAUUUUAUUUUGUUUUCAGCAAAACUAAUACCUUCUAUUGAAGUGAAAAUUUAUAAGUAAAUGAGCAAAAUGGGUAAAAAAAAAGUGAUGAUUUUUUUAAAUGUUUAUUUAAAUGUAUAAAAAAAACACAAAAUUGAAGUGUAUGGAGAGAAUCACUUUUAAAAACGAUACAUAAGAGAAACUCCCUAAUUGUUGGGAGACAAUAUAUGCAUUUGAAUGUAUUGCAAAAAUGAAUAAAAAUACAA